AGCUCUGAUGAUAUCCAUCGAAUGAUGGACAAGAGCUCGGCCCAUUUUCACCCGAAAAAGAGGGAGGUCUCGCGGACUGUGUCGACCUUAACGUCGUAUACAAGCCAAACGGAUGCAGUACAACGGGACUCGUCCGUCCUCUUCUGUAUCAGAUACAAGGUCGCCUCAUCUUCAGACAACCUAGGCUAUGAUUGCCAUGCCUACGGAUUCUACACAUUACCUCCCUCUUGCCCCGUAGGAUCCGUCUGCUCUUUCCCUGGUUUACGUAUUUCACUCGACCUCUGCCACCCCAUCUGUGCUACUCGAGGCGUUAUUCGCCCUCCCCUGCGUCUGGGUGACUAA